GGGCGACAGAGUGAGACGAACGUCCGCGCGGAGCACGGAGCAGAAGAUUUCGGUGGCCAUUUUUCUUCUGACGUUACCGUAGCUUUUGUGGCUUACGGUGCUAUUUGUCCCGUGGGGAUCUGUAUCUCACUUUCUCCCUCUCUUUUGCUCUCUUUCAUUUGCUCGAGAGUUGGAUCGACGACGACGAUAACGAGAAAGAAAAAGAGGAGGAGGAGGAAGCGAGGACGGGGCAACGACGGUGACGACGACGACGACGACGGACGGCGGCGGUACACCCGGACGGUCUUUGUGUGCAGUGCGCAUUAAAAGAUAAGAAUCGAGUGCGGAGAUAACGAUAAAGACGAUCAGUGAUAACUCGUGACUACUCCUCUCCAUCAUCUCCAACAGUGACGGCAACAGCAACGGCGGAGGAGGAGGAGGAGGAGGAGAAGGUGCGGCGUGACGGGUGUUCUCGCGCGUACAAUCUGGACGCGCGAUAGUCAGUCGCGCACGGUCGAGUGCAAAGGAAUUUCGUCGCGGAUCACCGACAACGACGGAGUGUCGAGCGCGGUGAGUGACGCUUAACGACGACAACGUCGAGAGCGAAAACGUCGACGAGGAGGACGAGAAGGACGACAAUUGCUAUACACGGUUGGCCGCCGCUUAGGGCAUUGCCGACAUCCAAGUGCAUCGCACAAUCGUGUAGGAGAAUUUUUUUCGCUUCGCGACGACGACAACAACAACAACAACACCAACAACGUUGGGCAUCUCGUGCUCGUGUCGUUGAUAUCGUAUUGUCGUAGACACGGUCACGCGCCACCGCAUCGUACAUCGGCAGCAGCGCCACCGGGAUGGAGAGGCGAGGAGCUGCUUUUGUGCUGGGGAUGCUAUAUUUAGCGGUGGGCACCCUCGUCACGGUCCAGGCAGUGAAGUACUCGGGGCCAGCGCUCGUGAACGAGGGGCAGUCUUGGAGCAUCGAGUGCAACGACUUGAAGGACGAUGAUCCCAUCAGAUGGACCAGAAACGGCCAGUCGCUGGAACCCGAGUUGUCCAGCGGUCAGCUGGUUGUCCUCUCAAAAGCUGGCACCCACAGCAGCUCGCUCUCGGCGAGCCAGGCGACCGAGAGUCACGACGGCGAAUACAAAUGCACCGACAAUGCGGAAACUUUCCACCUUAUGAUACACUGCGAUAUUAAAGUUAGAGUACUUACCAAGGAAGCACCUUUGGUGCUCGAAUGCGCAAACAAAAGUACUGGUGAUAAGGUGCAAUGGCAGAAGGAGAAGACGCCGCUCAACACGGCACUGGCUGGCAGUGAAGAAUUGUUCAAGAUUGAUAAUGACACCGGCAACUUGGAGAUUUUGCAGGAAAAAGAUAUACUUCAUGGAAAUUACACUUGUAAAACGGCUAACUCCACAAUUGAGUACAGAGUCGUACCAAAGCCAGUGGCACAUUUAGCUGACUCCACCAGUGUCGUAGAAGGCGAAAAGUUGCACUUGGUAUGCGGCGGAAAGUUGCACCCCGGUAUAAAGGUGUCCUGGACUUUCGGGGACCAGAAUUAUACGCGCAGUAAGGGCCGCGUGAAGAUCACCAAGGACCAGGAGAGAGGCAUCUACGGCACCGUCCUAAUUGUCGACAACAUCGAGAUGAACGAUCGCGGUAACAUUAUCUGCAGGGUGUCGUACAACUGGUCCGAUUCCGUUCCGGAACAUACGUCGCAGGCCGAGACAUUCCUCAGGGUCAAGGACAAACUCGCCGCACUCUGGCCCUUCUUAGGCAUUUGUGCGGAAGUCGUCGUUCUAUGCGCCAUCAUCUUAGUUUACGAAAAGAAGCGGAACAAAGCCGAACUCGAGGAGUCCGAUACCGAUCAGAGCCCUGAUACUAAACCAACGCCGAACAAGGAGUCCGAUGUCAGGCAGAGGAAGUGAGAUAGCAAGUAGAUGAAUGAGAUGCGAUGCGAUAGAAACGAGAGGAGGGAUCGUUGUGUGUCAUAGAGUGCUAAACGGAGAUCGGUAAAGACAACAGGAUUCGGCUUUGAAUAUCGUCACAAACGUUGGAAAAUGUACAGCAGCAAAGUUUGAGUGGGCCAUUCAUAGUGCACACCUGCGUGAAAACAGGCUCGUGCAGCAAACGCGUGCAGAGGAUCACACGAGUUACUAACAAAUUAAAUUAAGCCUUAUUAUGGUGUUCACUCCAUUUAUCAGAUGUUCGCCUCGUUUGUAUUGUUUAACUGUAAUCGAAUGUCCGUAUUGCGAGUGUAGCAUCAUAAAUUACCUCACUGUCCGUAAAAUGAAUGUCUUCUCUUGUGCUGCUCCACAAGUACUUACAUUUGUCACAAAGUGAUCACGCGUGCAUGUCUAGAAUGAAAAAUGUUAUGUUAACACAAGAUCAAUGCAACGGUUUUCAUUUUGCAUAUGUGCCAUUAGAAUAAGAAUGGGAAUUGAAAAGAAAGUUUACAGUACGAACUUUGUUUACGAACUUUGUUGGCGAGAAGUUCUCAAUACGGACAUUUGAUUGUACACCGCUUUGAUCGACGAAGAGAAAGAGAGGUGUGUUGACACGAGUUGUGUACAAGUGCCGAUGAUGACACGGAUGCGUGCCAGAGGGCAGAGAUGGCAAAGGGCGAGCGAGUGAGCGAGCGAGAGAGAGAGAAAGGGAGAGAGAGAGAGAGAGAGAGAGAGAGAAGGAGAGAGAGAGAGAGAGAGAGAGAGAAAAAGUGUGUGUGCGUGUGUGUGAGAGAGAGAGAGAAAGAGAGAGAAUAAUAACGCAUGUAUGUGUGAAAAGCUAACAAGAAAACAGAGAUCGAUAGAUUGAAAAAGAAGCAGAGAUAAGAUGUGCCCGCCGAAUGCGAGUACGCGCGCGAUUAUAUAAAUGAUUUACGUAUAUAAUUUCCCAUAAAACGCUUUGAGGUGCGUCCUGACAAACACCAAAGUUCAGUCGCACGUUUAUUCGUCGUCCCACAUUACUCCCACUGUAUCAUUCGUGCUCGCGUUCCUCGGGCACGAAAAUAUUAGAUUCGCGUAGAACUCGUUUCUCAAACUUCGCACGUGUGACGGAAGAAAAAAAAAAACUUUAUGAUAGGGCCGGAAAUAUGUGCUCGAUACUAGUUAUGUAAUAAUAGGAGAACGCGGGCAGUGCGUGCCACGAUUGGCUUCCGGAUAUAUGCUCGCGUAUACUUUCGGGGAGUACGAAGGAGAGAGAGAGAGAGAGAGAGAGAGAGAGAGAGAGUGAGAGUGAGAGUGAAGAAGAGGGAGGGAGGGAGAGCUUACCUUUGGCGCCUUAUAUUACGAUAUAAUUCCAUCGCUUGCGGAGAUGUUCCGGAAGCCUGGCUGCACGCGACGCCAUUGUUAACGACAUUAAUGUAAUUAAUACUGUAAUAUUAUUGCCAUCGUUACUACUGCUGCUACAACUAUCGUUAUUAUAAUUAUUACAAGUAUUAUAUCGUUAAUUUUA